CCUCAUGCGAGCUGGACACGCGUACAGGCCCGGCCCAAUGUGGGCCCCAAAAUCCCUAACCGACCACAAACACCAAUCGCGUUUUCCCACUCCCAGCUACGUGGCGAGCUCCCAUUCGCAGCGCCUCAUUAUACUUUCACCACCAUGGCCAGCCAACUAACGGCGGAAUCUCAACGCGACGGGAAAGUGAGACGCACGCUCUGCCGUCGCGCGUGUUCAGGACAUUUUAUUCAUGUAAUUCGGACGGAGCUUCCCUUGUGGUUGUUUAUCUUUCUUUCUUUCUUUUAGUUUUGUUUCGAGGUGAAACUGAAAGUGGAAGCGGCAGCUCGACGGAUAAAUUUAUUUACCUGAGUUGAAACAGUAAAAGUUUUCUGUCCGAGGACGAGUCUUUGGGCACUUUUUUACUGCCCCGGAGCCGCCGAAUAAUUUUUGGUUUAGCUGAUAACUGAAAAGUCGUUUAUUUCGUUUGGAAGUCAAUUAAAUCUAAUUUAUGGUUUAUGUGCAGCGUUGACCAGACUGAUAGAAAUUAAAGUCAUUGGAUUUCCUAGUUUUAAUUAGGGGUGGAAAUUGGGGUGGGUGUGGUUACCCGCCCUAUAUUUUGCGGGUAACCACAUCCACAAAUAUAGAAUUAUGUUACCCACAACCCGUUGCGCAGUGGAUAGUGGUUAACCACAAAAUAUGGGGCGGGUAACUACACCCACCCCAAUUUUCACCCCUAGUUUUAAUUGUUUGCAUUUUGUAUUUUACCUCGGAGGCUAAACCGAUAAGCGGUAUUUAACUGUACUAACGAUUGAACUACGGUUAUAUCACAUUUUUACUAUAAAAUACCCUACCGCUGACGUCUCUGGUUCGGUCUCGGGUACGAUUUCAUGGACCAUGUUUUUUUUUUACAUCAUUCCAUCAUGGUAUCUGUAUAUGUUGUGAGUCGAGCUCGUGCAUUUUUCGUUAUUUAUUUGGUAUUAUUAUAGAUCAUAAAUUUCUAGUAUUUUUUCCUGAUUAUAUCGUGUACAUUGUCAAGUAAUUAAUUCAUGCAGAAUUAUUUUGUAAUUAAAUUAAAAUUUACAAUCGACGACGAAUUUAUCGACAUAUUAAUACUAAAUACUUGAAUCCAGACGACUUUUCAAAACACAACCCUCAUACUUGUCUCGUGUUGAAGCCAAACCUUAGACCGUAAUUAAUAAUCCCAUUAUCGAAAAUAGAACCAAAUAGUUGGUCAAUUAUAUUCACAUACACAUUCCCAAUUACAAGAAGAGAUGUCUCAUUUGGCAAUCGGUGGUUUUAAGAAUUAAAGGCGAGGAAAAGAUUAAAAAAAAAAGGAGAUAACAAAGAAAAGGCAGGGAAGGGAGAGGAAGAACAGUUUCACGUUGUUCUGUUCUGGUUAUCAAUUUUAUUACUAAAUAAAUAUUCUUUUUCUCUCUCUAAUCCAUUCAAUUCCAUUCAAUUGCAUAUAUAAUUUUUUUUUCUUCCAUUUUUAUAAAUAAGUACUUGUCAAUCGGUGCGUAAACAAAAAGAAGCCAGAGGUUUACUCUCCCCCAUUUCCUUUUCUCUCUCCUCUCCUCUCUCUCUCUCUCUCUCUCUAGCCUUCGGUUUCGUUCGGUCGGCGCUCUGCUCCCCCCGCCUGCGCCUCUCUUCUCCCCCUUCGCGCCCGCCAUAACUUUGACGGCUUUCUCUGAAAUGGAGGUAACCAUUAUAUUAUUAUUAUUAUACACAAAAAAACGCCCAUGUAUGUGUAUAUAAUAUACAGCAGUAAUUGUACAUAGAUAGAUAUAUAUAUAUAUAUCUGCGGGAAGGGAAGGGAAGGGAAGGUGUCUUCUUUGUUUCGAGUUGCUCUGUUCCUUUGCGAUAUGAAGGGGGUAAAUCUUUUUCUUACUUCGGGAUCGUGUCCGAAUCUUACUCCUCAGUAGUUAAUAAAUAAACUUAGUUAGUUUGUUUUUUUUUUUCGGUUUCUUCAAAGCUUCAGUAAUUGUUUGAUUAUGGCUGAUAUUGUGAUGUAUAUAUAUGAUGAAGCUCUGUUCUCGAGCUGUUAUGGUUUGGUGAUAGAGCUACGGGGAAAUUGGGUAGCUUCCCAGAUGAAUGUGCUUCUUGGGUCGUUAACAAUCAACCCAAAGUUUCGAGCUUUUUAUUUUCCUUUUUCGUGGGUUUUUUUUUUUUGUGGUGGUGGUUGUUGUUUUCUCUUGGGAAUUGAACUGAUAUCCACUGGUUUCUCAGUUAAAUGCCUAGCUGCCUUCUGCUACAGCAUAAUUCAUGUUUAUUGGAUGCUAUGGAGGAUUUGAUUGUUCCAUUUUCAAUUCAUUGGUUUACUUAUUUACUUUUUAUCCCUGAUUUUUAUUUUUUAAUUUAGGUCCCGGUUACUUUCUGUUUUCACUUAGAUAAUUUUUUCUGUAAGAUUAUUGCUUCUACUGUCAAUGUAGUUAGAUUUGGUUACUGGGUUUGCUGCUCCUGAACUUUCUUACCACUGUAAUGUCAAGAGUUCAAUUUAAUGGUGGGAAGAAUUCAUAUAAGUUGCAGGAGUUAGGCACUGUUUGUGUUACUAAGAAUCUGAUUUGUUACUUGCUUCCACCCCUCCAGAUGGAUGAGGUUCAAAUGGAUCACAAUGGAGAUAUCAAUGCCAUUGAAUUUGCAGAUCAGCAGCCUCUGCAGGCACUAGAAUCUUCUGCUAUAUGUGUAAAUGAUGAAUCCUCGAGAGAAACCGAGUUGCUGCCUCGAAUUGGAGACCAAUUCCAGGUCCCGAUCCCACCUCUCAUUACCAGAUCGGUCUACCUCCAAACUGAUCAUACAUUACCUUCAGAAGGCAAUUCUCUCAAGUUUUCACUCGGGUUGCCUCUAUCACUAACAUGGAUCAAGGAAGAAGGCGAGACGAUCAAGAAAGAACUAGACGAGUUCCUUGAUGCUUUGUCCACAGGUUCCUCCAGGAAUGAUUCUGUGAAGGCUGAGAAUAAAAGCUACCGUUUGGUACCUGGUUCGUCGUGUUAUGAUGAAUGGGAUGAUCUAGAAGUGGGGAGCUUUCUGCUUGGUCUGUAUGUCUUUGGGAAGAACCUUGUUCAAGUACAGAAGUUUGUUGAGAGUAAGACAAUGGGCCAGAUACUGUCAUUUUACUACGGGAAGUUCUAUAGGUCGAGUAGGUAUCGUAGAUGGUCCGAAUGUGGCAAGCAGAAAGGAAGGAAGAGAAUGUUUGGACAGAGGAUCUUCACCGGGUCAAGGCAGCAGGAGCUCUUGUCUCGCUUGGUCAAUCGUUCAUCUGAGGAGUGCCAGCACACUUUGCAGAAGGUUACCAAGUCAUUUGGAGAGGGACAAAUGAUGCUGGAGGAAUAUGUAUUUGCUUUAAAAACAGCAGUCGGUUUAAAGGUCUUAGUCGAAGCAGUGGGAAUUGGCAAAGGGAAGCAAGACCUAACAAGCACUGCAAUGGACUCCCUGAGGUCAACCAAUCAUGCUGGGUCAGCUCGACCAGAGAUACCUGUUGGCAAAGAAUGCUCAAAGCUAACACCUUUGGAGAUAGUCAACUUUCUAACAGGAGGAUACCGGCUGAGCAAAGCUAGGUCGAACGAUAUCUUCUGGGAAGCUGUUUGGCCAAGGUUGCUUGCUAGAGGGUGGCGCUCAGAGCAACCUAAAGAUGGUUCUAGAAACUCCCUGGUAUUUAUAGUCUCUGGAGUUAAGAAGUUCUCUCGCAGGAAGCUUGUGAAAGGAGAGCACUACUUCGAUUCGGUUACUGAUGUUCUGAACAAAAUUGGUUCUCAGCCUGCACUUCUUGAGCUUGAUGCUGGGAAGGAAGAGAAUGGUUGGAGUAAAGGUGGAAACUUAGAGGGAGACAGUUUAGGUGGUAAGGAGCAACAUUCUUAUCUUAAGCCGAGGAAAUCAGAACUUGCUAGUACGAAUGGUUUGAGCUUCACAAUUGUUGAUACUAGCCUGGCUAAUGGGCAAAGCAAGAAGAUAACUCAACUGAGAAGGUUGCCAACUCAGGCUAUGAACAUUUGCCUCCCAAUUAGUGAUUCUGAAGAUAGUAGUAGUAGUAGUAGUAGUAGUAGUGAUGAUGACGAUAAUGAUGAUUCUUCGAAUGGACCCACAGAUGAAUCGUAUUCUGCAGGAGACUCGAGUGUUGAUUUGGAUUUUCAUGGAAAUGGCACUGUGAGACAUAGUCUCCUUGUGAAUGGCUUGAACAAUAAGGCUGCUGCUGAUGAUGAUGGAAGAACUAUGCAGGCCAGAAAGGUUUUUGUGAAUAAACCUCAAGCCACAAGGAAAAGAAAGCUACCCAGCAAUGUGAAUACUGUAGUGGAGCCACCAGCUGCAAAACGGCAACAGGUGAAAGCAGCAGGAGGAGGACCAGUGCCUUGUGAUGCAAGGAAUACCAAAUGCAGAACCUUUGAUGACGUAGUUGGUCAAGGAGUGGAGAAGCAACAACAGAAAGCAGCAGUGCCUUGUGACACAAGAAAGACUUAUUUUGGAACAUUCGAUGACGAGUUAGUCAGUGGUCCAAGGAUGAUUCAGGAUUACCCUGUGAGCUAUCGUGGACAUGGAUUCCCUUCUCAUUUGCUGAGUCAGCAGCAAGAGAAACUACCUUUCACCAGUUCUUCAUCCAGCCAUGUGAGCAGUACUUCUUCUUCUGCAGCUGAAAAUUCCAACGACAAUCCUCAAUCUCGGACAUUGAUUGACCUUAAUGUUGCACCUAUCCCUCAAGAACCCGAAGACUCAAUGGUGUCUGAGAGGAAGAUCACUGAUGUGCAGCCAGAGGACCCUGGAGUCCCAAAGCCCUCAACUUCGACAUCUGACUCGCGUAGACACAGUACUAGAAACCGGCCACUGACUACUAAGGCACUGGAAGCUCUUGCUUGUGGGUUCUUAAGUUUGACGCCAAAGAGAGACAGCCAUGCGUCGAAACAAGCAUCUAAACGAGCUAAGAAGGCGAGGAUUGGCAGCAGUUGUACUAACUUUGGACCCGAAAUUGUGGAUUUGAAAGGUGGAGAUGAACCAGGAAGCUGUGUGACCAAGAGUAGUAGCAAUGACGUUGAUAACGAGCCUCAGGUUCGAAGUAAUCAGCAAUUUUUCAGCCGAGUUUGAAAAUGACUUGAAGCCGUUGAAUGAGCAGAGAAACCUCUGUGUGUACAGCUCAGCUGUUCAAGUUUACUUCAUAGGUUAUAUGGCAAGAAGAUGAAGGAAACAGAAAAAGACCAGGAAUUGGAAUUUGGGUUUGGAGUUUAAACUCUUUUAUCUUUCAUUCAAAAUCAAAUGGGUUGGAAAGAAAAAGUGCUUUCUUGUGAAGGGGGGAAUUUGACUCCAUCGAUAAAGAAUCCAUCUUUGCAAAUAAUAGUUGAAAACCCACAUUUCAAUUUGUUUCAUAUCAUUGGUUAAGAGCAAAUUGAACAAUGUACUGGUCGGUUGGUUCAUGUAGCUGAUAAAUAGUUCCAACUGUA